CAACGUCGUUGAACGGAUUGUAAGCUAACGGAUAAUAUAAACAUUAAACUCAAUAAACAACGCAGACUAUCACAAAAGACGAGACGGUGAGAUUUCAUCAUCACAUCAAAAUCUUUCCAGCUUUACUAAAAUCCAGCAGGAAGUGAUGCGCUUCUCGUCCUGUGGACUCAUACUGGGUAAAGUUAGCUAACUUGGGUUAGCUGCAGAGUGCUAAUCCCUUCCUUACACAAGGCCGCGGUGGAAUCGGUGAGCUGCUUUCCGUUCUAGCUUCGAUCAGAAUGCAGAUAAGUCUUAUGCAAUUGGAAACAAAUGCAAACUGCCAAGAGAUAACGAAAUACUCAUUUGCUUCCGUUGUUUAACGUAUAAGUCGUAUUUUAGUUGAUCUUGCGGGCUAUCAAGCUUGUUAGCUUUCUGGCUAUUCACAGCUAGUAUGAGCGAAGUGACGGACUGCACGCAGUCCGCAGACUCUGCUUCUAGAAAACGAUGUCCACCAUCACUAGAAAAGGAAGAGGACAACACUGUUCCCAUCAAGUCUACGAAAGUUAGUGACGAGUCCAGUGAUGCGGGGGUCACGUCAGAAAGCUGCAAAAGUGGUGAAACUACAGGAAGCAAGAAAGACUCCAAAGACGGGAAGACAGGAGAAAAAGAAAAAGCAGCUGUUCACACUGAUCAUAGUUCUGACAGUGCAGGAAACACCGGUUCACGGCACGUAAACAAGUUCAGUGUUGGAGGCCAUAAUAAGACCAACACCAAAGAGCCACGUUCCUCUCACUCACAUGUUCCUUCUGAGGCAACGGAAGCUUCAGAGAAGACAAGAAAAGCAGAGGAGGUUCUCAAUCCAGUUCUUCAGUCUGACUCUGCUGCCAUAGCAGCUGCUGAAGCCCUGGCCAGUCUCACAGGAGGAGAUGGAGAAGCCAGUCAAGAGACCCCAUGUUCAUCAGAGAAGGCUAAAGUUAAACAGGGCAGCAAAUUUAGACACCGUGGAUCCCUGCAACACUCAUCCAAAGUAGGAACCGUAACGCAGGCGGCCGCCGCUGACAGCUCCACAUCUUUGCACAGCACGGAGAGAGAAGAACCAGAAGACGUGGCCGAUGCUGAUGAAGGAGAUGAAUCUAUGUCCGCGACGUCAUCCACACCAAGCUCCUCUUUCCCGUCAGACAACGAGGAAAACGAUGACGGCGAGUGUGCCAUUGUGUCCGUUAAGAUGGCUCCAGAAAUGAGGCAGUCGGUGGCCCUUCUGGCACAGGUCCAGAUGAGACUGGAGUCCCUGGAGAAGAGAAGUGCCAGGCUCCACCAACGACUGGAUCUGAAAAUAAACCGUCAACGACGACCACAUCUGGAUCAGCGCAGCUCCAUAACAAAGACUAUCCCGGGCUUCUGGGUGACAGCUCUGUUGAACCAUCCACAUCUCUCAGCUCACAUCGAUGAGACGGAUGAAGACGCCCUCAGUUACAUGACUGAUCUUGAGGUUGAGUCUUUCAAGAACAACAAAGUGGGCUUCAGAAUCCGCUUCCAUUUCAGGCGUAAUCCAUAUUUCCAGAAUAACAUCAUCAUGAAGGAACUGCACCUAGGGAUGGGGGCGCCCAUGUCUUUCUCCAACCCCAUCCUGUGGCAUCGUGGGCAGAACCUGACGGCCAACAGUGAACCCAGAAAGUCCUCCCGCAGGGUGUACCAGACUUUUUUCAACUGGUUCAGUGACCACAGCAGCCCGGGGCAAGAUGACGUAGCACAGAUCCUUAAAGACGACCUGUACAGAGACCCCCUCAGAUACUACCUCACUCCUCUGUGGGAGCCGCAGGAGAACGGCAGUGGCAGUGAAGAAAAAGCAGCUGGUAACGGAAAUGGAGAUGAAUGUGUGGUGAUAUCUGACUCAGACGAUGAGGAGGGUGAAGAGGGUGAGGAUAAACCACAGAGCCAGAGCAGGGACCAGGAAGAAGAAGAAGAAGAAGAGGAGGAGGAGGAGGAGGAGGAAGAAGAAGAAGAAGAGGAGAAGGGGGACAGAGGACCCAGUGGAGAUGAGAGCCCAGAGGAAGAGGAUGAAGGGGGAGAAAUAGUCAUAGACGGGUCUGACGACAGCGACCAGGAGGAGGAGGAGGAAGAGGAGGAGGAGGAGGAGGAGGCCUGAGGAGAGGGAAGAUGCUGAGUCACGAGUGGGACCACAGAGAUAAGGCGCAUGAAAAGGAGCCUCCUCCCCGACCCCACCCUGCCUCACCCCACCCUGCCCCGUCCUGCCCCCCCCCCCCCUCCCGUCAAUAUGCACAGAAUACCAUUGUACAUGUUUUUAUAGCUAACAAGGAAAACUGGUGUUUUGAUUUUUUUUUAAUAGGAAAUGUUCACUGAAAUAAUGAAGCCAAGGCAGCAUACCCCUGACACCCCCCCCCCCCCCCACCUCUGAUUCACCUGCUGUGUAACUGCUUAAUCAAAAAGCAGGACUCCUCUGCGUAACAAUGAGCAUCGUGUCAGGUGAGAAAUGUUUGCCUUUGUUGUCAGGCAUUAAACAGAGAAAAUGAAUCUGAUGAAAUGACAGUACAGUUAAAUGCAAAUAGUACUGAACCAAAACUAGUUCUCAGGGAUGACGACGGUGUUGGUUUUACCAAUAGAACUUUGCUGAUUCUCAGAUGUAUUUACACUCUGGUGGUCGUUAUUAUUAUUUUUUUCCUUUCUAACUAUUCAAACAUCUGCUCUUCUGAAGGACACAGGAAAAAAUAAGCAUUUCUUCCAGGAUCUGUUUUUCUUUUUUUUCUUACUCUAAUUUCCUUUUUCUUUAGAUUGUGGCUUCAAACAUUUGUGUUGUUUUUUUUUGUGUGUGUUUUUUUAAAUGUACAUUUUUGGUGUUCUAUCUUCUAUCGUUUUCGGGGAAAAUGUGGUAUUUAUGAAGAUGUUUUUCUACACAGUAAAUCAUGCGUGUGCGUGUGGACGUAGAGCGAGCGGAUAAUUACAAUAAUCCAGAGGCUAUGUAGAGCUAACGCACAAGAAAGAAAGGUUAUCAUUUUCCAUUUGCUUACUUUUAUCAGUUACAAACAUCAUCGUGCUUCGGAAAAGACGGUAGAUUAAAAAGUUUAAUUGACAAAUAACUAUGAUAAUACUGAUUCUUUUCAUAAACAUGAGCAGAAAGAUAUAUUUUGUGUGCUGUGUUUUAUAAAACACUGUAGUUUAAAAAGAAAUCUCAUUUGUUGCUUUGGUUAGUUAUUUUCUUCGCUCGAAGAUAUUUGUCCACCUUUUGACUGAGACUUAAUAAAGUAGGUACUUGUUUCC